UCUUUAAUCGUCUCUUUCUUCCUCCCCAAACCCCAAUCGAUUCCCUGCCCGAAUAGAGCGAAACACGGCCACUGUGCUGACGCCAUUCUCAGAGCUUUGAGCCAUGGACUAUCACAUCUAUGGCGUCCCUAGGCUCAAGUGGAUCAAGAUCUUCUUCCUUGCUGCUGUCUUCUGCCUCUCUACCCAUGCUCAUGCUUCUGCAUUGCCCAGGAAGCCCUCUUCUUCCUCCAACUCUCCUCAAAUCAACUCCAACUCCGUCCUCGUCGCUCUUCUCGACUCACGUUAUACCGAGCUCGCUGAGCUUGUUGAGAAAGCUCUCCUUUUACCUACCCUUGAGGAUGCUGUCGGCAAACAUAAUAUCACCAUCUUCGCCCCCAGAAAUGAGGCUUUGGAGCGUGACCUUGACCCUGAGUUCAAGCGCUUUCUUCUCGAGCCCGGAAAUCUCAGGUCUCUCCAGACUCUUCUUUUGUUUCAUAUCAUUCCUAGCCGUAUUGGGUCUGGCGAGUGGCCGGGGGGUCUUGCCGGAGACCCCACGCAUGGCACCUUGUCCAAUGACCGACUUAGUUUGGCCAGUAAGGGUUCUGGCAUGAAAAGUGUGGAUCUGGCGGCGGUGGUUCACCCCGACGCCAUUGUUCGGCCGGACGGGGUUAUUCACGGGAUCGAGAGGCUGUUGAUUCCUCGGUCCGUCGAGGAGGAUUUUAACCGCAGGAGGAGUCUUCGGUCCAUUUCUGCGGUGCUGCCUGAGGGGGCGCCGGAGGUGGAUCCCAGGACUCACCGCCUGAAAAAGGCAGUGACGGUACCUGUCGGAGCUCCUCCUGUGCUGCCGAUCUACGACGCCAUGGCCCCAGGGCCAUCUCUGGCUCCUGCGCCGGCGCCUGGGCCUGGCGGUCCCCGCGGCCACUUCGACGGCGAGAGCCAGGUCAAGGACUUCAUCCAAACCCUACUACAUUACGGCGGUUACAACGAAAUGGCGGACAUUCUCGUCAACCUCACCUCCCUCGCCACCGAAAUGGGGCGACUGGUCUCUGAAGGAUACGUUUUGACAGUUUUGGCACCCAACGACGAGGCCAUGGCGAAGCUCACCACCGACCAGCUGAGCGAGCCAGGAGCACCGGAGCAAAUUAUGUACUACCAUCUGGUGCCGGAGUACCAGACGGAGGAGAGUAUGUAUAAUGCCGUGAGACGAUUCGGCAAGGUCCGAUACGAUACGCUGCGUUUGCCGCACAAGGUUGUGGCUCAGGAGGCCGAUGGGUCGGUCAAAUUCGGAGAAGGUGACGGCUCAGCAUAUCUUUUUGACCCCGAUAUUUACACCGACGGCCGGAUUUCAGUUCAGGGUAUCGACGGCGUGCUGUUCCCGCCGGAGGAGAAGGAGACCAAACCCGAAACUAAAACGAGUCGGGCCGCCAAGGUUGUUUCCAAGUCCAGGAGAGGGAAAUUAAUGGAAGUAGCAUGUAGGAUGCUAGGAGCUUUUGGUCAAGAUUCUCGUUUCACCACCUGUCAAUAAAAACACUCUCCUCCCCAAAAAUCAUACAAGGAAAGAUGAAACAUGUAAAGAUGAAGAAAGGUUGUGUGCAGAUGAUUGUGCUUCCAUUGCUGGAUUUGUUUGGAAACCCAGAGAAGAGAAAAUUAGUUUUUCAACUGAGUUUGUGUUUGAACACCGCCAGCCCAACACCAUCUGGUUCACCCGAACUCACUCUCAUUUUUGGUUAAAUGUGCAUCCACUGCUUGUGAGUCAAAUGUAAACAACCUCUAUUAUUAUUAUUAUUAUUAUUUUUCUUUGGUUAUAUAAGAAUGGCUUUGUAUGUGUGUAUGGAAGUGGACCUUCAUUUGGUUUGGUGAUAUCUCUUGCCAGCAAUGGUGGUGGGUGGUGGCGCUUUUGUCUCAUUGAAUUUAUUUUUUGCGAGUAGGACAGCUGAGGUAGAUAGUCUGUCACUGUAGGCUCCAUCGCAGUCUUCCCUGAAUAAUAUGAAAACCAAUAAUUGUCAAUUAUCCUUGGCUUUGAAGCCGAAUUCUUUUGUAUUAAUCUGUUAUUUUAGCUUUCUCUUAAGGGA